AUGCCCUGGUGCCCCGUCCUCCACCUCGACCUCCCCGACUGGAUCUGGGCCGCGCCCAGGGCGCCACCGCCGCCGCACACCGUAGCUGCCUCGUCCCGCACUGCUUUGCCGGAGCCACCCAUCGUCAUCGUCCCCUCCUCGUCCUCCUCCUCGAGCCACGUCGCCCGCACCUCUACAACGGGGGUGAGGAACACCUCCCCGCCUUCCCCUCCUCUCUGUCGCGCACGCGCUCCGGCGCCCGCUCGCGGCCACCACCGCCCCGCGCGCCUCCUCCUGCUCUGGACACCGAGGCCCACGCUCACCGUAGCCUCGCCCCGCACCGUCGCCUCACUCCCUCCGCCCGGUUCGCGCACCUACCUCCCCCUGCACGUCCCGGGCCACGCCCCGACGCCUCCCGUGCGCUCCUGCCAUGGCCGCGCCUUGGCCGCCCCCUGCCGCCGCUCUCCCUCCGCCGUGCAGCCCUGCUGCUGCUACACUGCUACACCUGCGCGCGGACGUCCCCGCGGCCGCGCGCCCGCUCCGAUCACGACCAGCGCGCCGUGCCGCUGGACCUCGACCUCGCGCGCACCUGAGCCGCUUGUCGCCGUCCGCGUCCUGGCUCCCUCCACCACCCUGCAGGACGCCUCCGCUGGGGGCCCUCGAUGCCUGCCACGCCGCGGCCGCCCGCCGGUGGCGCCCGGUGGCCUCGCCCCGCCGCACCUCGUGCGGGCAAGCGCUCGCCUAAGCGCCCGUCGCCCUCCUGCCCGCUAA